UUGCUGCUGGUACCGCGAACGCGAACGGUAAACCGGUGCACCAAUGUCGCUCCACCUUCGCGACGAAGUACCAACGAGUCGGAAAUUAAUUUUAAAAUCUAUAUUGAACGUGAUACACCUUAAUCCAUCGUAAACGUGUAUCCGCAUGAGCAAGCUACUUAAAAUCAUCUUUGCGCGAGAUCACGAUAAUUUUAAAACAGGAAAAAAAAUAUAAAAGAAAAAAGAAACAAAUGACAAGAAAAUAAAGAGAAAAGGGAAAGAAAAAAGAAAAAGAUCGAAUGGCAACUGUAGCACGUUGAAACUACGAAAGCAAGUAUUCGUGAUCCGUGUGAAAAUCCACGAAAGGGAACUGCGAAAUCGUGGAUCGUGGAUUGUUGAUAGCUUAUUUUGGAUCCAUGCUGUAAGUGUGCAUUCUAUCGAAGAGAAAUGAAGUCGACUAUUUCGAAUCAUGGGAAAGAGAACGUGAGUUCGUUUCUGUGAUAGGAGGGAAAAAUAAUUGAUAGAAAAUCGUUUAUCUUUUGAAAAGGAGCAAAUAAGAAGAAGAAGAAAAAGAAAGGAAAGGAAAGGAAAAAAAAGGAAAUUUUGUACAUUUCGAGUUUAUUAGGCAAGGUGCAAGGUACCAUCGUUUGGCUCAGGAACGUUUGGUUGUUCGAGCAGUUGGGAUCGAGAAGACCGGUCUCGGCACAUCCACGAGGUAAUAUUGUGCAUGCGUGCAUCGGUACGUGCGUACGCUGUGUGAUGGCCGUUAUGUAAUCGGCUCCACUCUACUCGUAUAGGCCAAGCCACGCGAACGAGCAACGUCAGAAUCGAAAGUAAUCGACCGAUACGGAGGAUCGUUUCGAUUUUGCCGUGCCGUCACGGAUUAUGGAAUGGUUCGAUACCGAUCCUCUUACGAUCGUUUCAUUACAGUUCCUUUGAAACUUUACUUGGGCGGUCAAUUUCCUGUUUACGUUUAAAAAACGUACAGCUACACGGAUCGAUCGACCGAACUUCUGUAUUUACCUAUUUACCCUUGGUGAAUGUAUCGGGCGAAAGAUAGGAAGAGAGAGAAAGAGAGAGAGAGAGAGGGAGAGAGAAAGAGAAAGACAAAGACAGAUACUCGAGUAACCAAGUCGGCAGGACAUUCUCGACGGUGAUUUUCAAAGUGAGGGCGGCAGACAGAUAUGGACGACGGCGUGCAGAACGGUCUACAGUCGGAGCAGUGGUUCUCGACGUUCGAGAAAGGAGACAAGCGACCAAACUCGAUCGGUAGCGGUGCCCUACGCUUCAUUCGUACUCGCAGCAGCAUCCGAAGAGAUCUUAAGAAGCACUGCAAUCGGAACAAAUCCGGUGAUUCGUACGGAAGUGAUGCCGGAAAUAAUGGUAGUGGAGGUGGUAUAGGAAAAUGGCUGCGUGAACAUUUAGGAGGCGGUUCGAAAGGAAGCCACGAUAUUCAUUCCGCAUUACCGUCGAAAACAAAUGGAAAUCACGCGAACGUCAGCAACGAAGAGAAGUACUUUGCCAGAGCUACUAUUUGCACAUCACAAAAUCUUUACUGCAGUCUACCAAGAGAACACGGACGUCACGGUUAUAAUAGUAUACGAAAGAGCCCUCAUGGGAAUUCUUCCAAGUCUCAAGGACAGGAUAGGCCGCGAUCGAGUGGCUCUAACUAUCACGAGAAGUUCGUCGGCGGCGAUCCUGGUGGUUUGACGAGAGGUGGCCCUAUCUACGGCAGCGAGGGUAAGAGCUUGAAGAAACGAAAUCGCGAUCGACGAAGGCAUUCGCUCAACGAGCCUCACGUGCACGAUCGACAACGUCGUAGAAGGUGUAUCCCGGAUGGCGGGGACGUCGGUUACACGAUGACGGAAUUGCAACCGUCGCCACCAGGAUAUCGUGUACAGGAUGAGGCCCCAGGUCCACCUUCCUGUCCCUCGGGGACCUACAAGUAUACGAACCACGGGCAUGACAACGAGACUACCAAUUUCAAGGGUACCACGUCGUAUACUCAGGAAGGCUAUGGCCUUAAGAAGAGUCCGUCCAGGACGGUGCCGUCUAACCAAUACUAUCGUCGCAGAAACGACGGCAGGAGGUCAACGGAAAACGAACACGAAGGCAAUAACAACGUCGGCAACAAAAAGACAGCGAUUGCCGGUUACAACGAGAAUAACAAGAAAAAUACUCCGGGCUAUAAGAACGACAGCGGGUAUAGCGAGACUCUUGGAUUCGACAGUUUCACUCUUGCUCUCAACGAAAGGGACGAAGCUUCGCCACCGCCAACACCACCGGUCAGAGACGCGUCCAGUCUCAAAGGUGUCUGCUAUGGUCCAGGUCACGAAAAAUAUCCAUCUUGGCCAAGCGCCCCGGAACGACAUCCUGACGAAGACAUUCACAAUUUAAGUCACAACGGAUCGCACCGUUCCAAAUCUUGGACCGAUCACACCAAUUAUCCGAAAGAGAAACCAGCUCAAUAUACCAGACCUCAUACAAAGAGACCUAAUCCAGCCUUCACUCAGCAGCUGAAAACGGUUAUGGAACGUUGUGAGAAAAUACCAGCGGAGACUUUCGAGUCGCGUAACAGAAAGAGCGUCGAGGAUGAGCCACGUUUGUGGCCUCGCGUAGAUCGCGAAGGCAAGGCAUUAGGAGACGCGGAAUACGUCGUUCCAUCGCCACCGGAAAGAGAACAACAAUCGGCUCAGACUCUUAGCCAUGCGGAUCUCGAAGCUUACGUUAGAAGCUAUCAAGAUCCUCAAGUAUCCCAGGUGGAUUUGUACAGAGAAACGGCAUUAACGCAAGCGGGUUUGGAAGAAUACACGAGGGUCCAGCAUUCGCAACAGGCCAGUUACGCACAAUCCGAAGGCUAUCACAGUUACGUUUCCAGCGUGGAUUCCACGACCAAUACACCUUUUCUCGACAGACUUCGAAGAGACAGCGAAGCCGUGGCGCAAAGAUCUACUCCUUCUUGGGAAGAUACUUCGAGAGAGGGCAGAGACAGUGUGGUGACAACGUCUAGCGGAAGUGCUUCCAGUAGUGAAACGUUAAAAUGGCACGGUUCGAUGUCCGACGUCAGCGUUUCUAGUGGUUUACCAGCGAGACAGAGUACUUCGGACAGGUGGCAUCAUGGCUCGAUGUCCGACGUCAGUAGCGUCAAUGGUGGGAUGAUGACUCAGAAAUCGAGUAACGUCUGUCAUGAGAAGUGGCAAGAUUCUAUGAGUGACGUCAGUACGAGCGGUUUAUCGCCAACGACGAAAGGAAGGCACAGUGAAAAGUGGCCGGACAAAUGGCAGGCUUCUAUGAACGAUCGAAAUAAACAAGCACAGACUAGAGCGAGUUUACCAGCAGUUAUAGGACACUGCGUGGCUUCUGCUUCUGUCGGAGACAUUUGUCAAUCAUCGACCGUUCGAGACAGCAAUUGGCAAGAAUCUAGUAUCGACGAAGAUUCUCUCGAUAGAUCGCAAAGUAGCCAUCCGUGGGAUGGUUCUGUUACAUUGGACGGUGAUAAAUACAGAUCGGUCUCUCAACCCAUGCCGCAAAGUCCAACCAGACAAGUUGUGCCUACGAGUCCACAAAGUCCUGACGGAUGGGAUCCUCUUCAUGGAUCCAUGUCCGAUGUUAGCCAAUCGAACGGCGUACAGUGCAACAAACAGUUAAUCGCUUAUAGCGCUAGGGUACAGACACCGCAACGACAUCUUUCAGAGAGUGUAUUGUACUUGGAUCGCGAACGUAAUCAACGAAAAUUGUAUCCAAUUAGUACUACACAGCCGCAGGAAUCACCACAAUCUUCUAGAAUGGCACCCACAUCACCGCAGCAGUCUCCAUUGUCGGUAGCUGAACGUAUAAGCGAGUUGGAGAAACAACAACAACAGCAACAACAGAUGCGUUAUACAUAUUUGGAUCCUGAGAAACGACACAGAGUUUCUGACCCGACUUUGAAAGCUAUUCAGAAGAAAGCACUAUUAUCUUUUUACGAAAGACAUCAUCAAGCGUCCUGGAGAUCAGAACCGCAGUUAGCUCAAGGCUCAGGGACCUCUCCGCAGAGUCCUCCGCCGCAACCGCCACCACGACCUAGACCAUCCUCGUCGAGACGUGCCAGUUCUGCGUCUGAUUAUGCGAGUGGCACGUGGAGAGAGAAUUCUGGUAGAGGACAAAAUCAAGGAAAUUCAGAUCUACCGAGUCCUAAGCAUCAGCAUAGUAACAGUUGCGGCAGUCUUUCUACAGAUUUAUUGGGUCCAGUUAUUGUUGGACCUGCUAUAUCCAUCGACGAUUGGGUUCCAGAAAGACCACCCAAGAAACCUCAUCUUAGGAAUGUUUACAACGACCGCGUUCCUAGUCCUGAUUUACCACCACCGUCGCCGCCGACAGUGACAGAAAGCGAGGUCCAUGAAUGUGACGACCCUUUACCACCUCCACCACCCGAACUCAGCGAAGAUUGUUAUCCAGAUAGUACACGAAAAACCAGUUCGGCUCACCAUCAACUCGAGGAAGGAAAGAUACAUCGCGAGAGAUCCUGCGAGCGACAUAAGUCGGAAAGACAUUCGAUGAGAAGAUCGAAACAUAGCAGCAAACGAGAUCUCGAUAAAACAUCUGGCAAAUCCUCACCGAAUUCCCCGACAACGAAAAUCUCUUCGCAGGAACAAGAUCAGCAUCAAUUUGUAAGAACUCCAACGACGCUGAAACACGUAGAUACCGAAAUGGUCCAUGAAAAUGGCAUUUCCCCGGGUUUUGCCACUCACAGAAUGAUGACAACUGGUCGUUCGAGUUUGAGAUAUCCUUCUACUCAAAAACUUAUGGUAAACGGAAGAAUAGCCAGUACGAGAAGAAUAUCCGAAGAAAGACCGUUCACAGCUAGACCACCUGCGCAAUUACCCGAUCUCAUAUCUCAGCGUUAUAGCGAUUCUGGAAAUCAACGACCAGCUCCUCAAGUUCCUGUUGAACCACGUAUCAUUCGACAAGAAUCGAUGAGAGUCGAAAGCACGAGGAUCGAUGCAUCUGGAUUACUACGCAACGAUUCUGGUCAGAGAUUGGAAUCAUCAUCGGGACAGAGGCCGCAGCCUCAAGUACCUAAGAAUACCGAUAAAAAUGGUUCGACGAAUCAAUCGAAUCAUCAACAAUCAAGACCAAAUUAUUUACCUGUGCCGGAGAAUUCCAAAAGUCAUAGCUUUUCUAUCGGCAGUCCCGUUAACAUGGGAUACGAGCUUGGUUCAAAACUUUAUUCCCCAGACGCCAGCCCACAGAAAUAUCACGAACCACCGAAAUACAUGUCCAAUCAUUAUUCUCGUCACAGCGACACACCGCAAAGAAACUAUUACGCUCUACCACCGAAAUAUAUCGACGCGCCGAAACAAAAACCACAGCCUCAGUGUCCUACGGAUCGGUACAGCGCUUCCUCGCCCAGUUCUCCACCUCCACCUUUAGCUCCGAGACAAAAUACACCUGGAAGGAAAUCCUUGCCACCACCUCCAAGGCCAGCUCCGCCUCACGCUAUUCAAGGAAGCCAAUCAAAGGCUUCUUACUUGGCGUAUAGAAGAGAACGUGGCGCCCCUGAUAGCGAGGGUAGCUACAAAAGAACGAUGUCUCCGACCUCUCGUUUAGAAGAUUGGCCACCUCCACGGGAUCACGAUGAUCCGGUUCUGCUACGUGUCACGCCACAUCAUCCAUUACAGCACCAUCAUCAUCAUCAUCAUAAUAGUCAUCAACAACAACAGCAACAACAACAAUCACACGAACUUGCCAAAUCCCAUAGUGUCGAUGCUCUUCAUCAUCGACUAGAAGAAAAAGCGAACCAACAGCAUCAACACUCCGUCGAAUCGAUUGGAAAAUUAUCUCAUGAAUUAACUAAGAAACUUCAAAUCGCUGACGCUAGAACACGUACCAAUGAGAACAACAACAAUGACAACCUAGAGGAUCGACAUCAUCAUCAUCACCAUCAUCAUCACCAAGAGAAAAGAUAUCAGGAAAAGAGGCACGAUUAUGAGCAACGAAGAGAACGAUUGUCUCCCCAAAGCGUCGAGGUUCUCAACGAUAGAAACAGACAAUUGGAACGAGAACGUAGAAAAUUAGCUGCCAGUUGCGAGCCCUUGUCAGAAAACAGAGAGAAACAACUUCGUAAUGUGGACAGUGGUUCUCAACCAGCAGUCGGUGAGGAUUUCUUCCGCGAAAGAAGCGCAACGAUCGAAAUGACCUCGCAAAAUAUCGAACUACUGAACCGUAGGAACGAGAAACGAUCCAAUGGAGGAAGUACAUCGACCGGUACAAUGUGCUCGUACACGGUAAGCACGACGACCUCCUCGAUGACUACUACGAUUACCAACAUGACGGGUAAUUGCUGGUCGAGAGGACAGGAAAAUGUUGUCGUUCAGAAAGCGGUAGAAUCGAUGUCUCAUCAUGACAAACCACCACCGCCAAGUAGUUCACCACCAAGAUCUCCGGAAAGAGGAAGUCCAAGAGGAGCAAUCCCACGAAGAUCCGGAAGCUGUUCGAGCUCCUCCUCUUCCGGUAGAUCGACCGAUCCCACGUCAUCUCCUCGAAUCUUGACUUAUGGAACACCAACCAAGAGUACACCGAAUUCCCCAACUAGAGAGGAAGGCUCCACCGAUCAAAGGAAAGUUUCGAGUCCAACUCAAACGGAUAGUACAGUCUCUUGGAACGGAUCCAAUUCUGCUGGUCAAUCAUCGAAUCAGCGUUCGUGCCAAACGAGAGAAACCGAGAAUCCUAGAACAGAGAGAACGGAGAGAUCGUCCAGUAGUUCAAAAUCAAGAUCGACGGGAAGUAGAUUCUCUUCGAAUUCCUCUUCGUCUUCGUCUUCGUCUUCAUCAUCAUCGUCCUCGUCGUCGUCAUCCUCGAUCUCAAGUGUAUCCAAAUCCUCCACCUCGUCCUCACCUAGAAACUCACCCGUCGAUGAACAAGAUAAGAAACCUUCAUCAUCAACCACUUCUCCUUGCGUCUCUCCUCAACCUGGCAUUGAAGGCUUGACUUUGGUACAACGUACCGAAGUAGUUCUCAGAGUUAACGCGGCUACCAGUGACGCGGCAUCACAGACCGAUCUCAUGGAACAAACCGCAGAACAAAACGUUGUCAAACAAGAGGAACCUCUUCUACCGGAACCGAGGAAAAAAUUACCGGAGGAGAUCGAGUGCGAAGAACUCAGCAGAGAUCUCGCCAGUCAACUAAGUCCGAACGACAAAUUGGUCCCCAUUCUAGUUCCAGUGCCGGAGCACAAGAAACCCACCGACUACGUUUCCGGUCUCUUUAGGGUGGAAGCGACCUUGCAGUCAAGACCGAGGCAGCGACUCUCCCUUGAGGAGUCGAUGGCCUCUUGCGUUGUGAAUGCAGAUGACGAUGAGAAAAAACACGAAAGUAUACCUUCGGUUCCUGUAACCCCAUCGUCAGCUGAUCCGAGCAGCCCGCUUUCAUCCACUUCGACAUAUUUCACGACGUCCGAAGGUAAAGCGAGGUUUCUGACGAGAUAUUCUCGAGACGUUAGCGUCGAUGAUUCAACGAGAUCGGAAGAUACGACGGCAGUCGUUACAGCGGAUAAUUCGGAUCUCAGAAAGAAGAAGGAAGAGCUCGUGAUGCGAUUGGACAAGAAACUAGUUGUCCUAAGGGCUGAACAAGAGGCUGUUAAAGAGGAGGGAGAUAUAAACGAAGCCCUCGGUGCUCGCGUAGCUAUGCGUAUUUCCGCCGCAGCUAGACCAGCUGAAGCGUCCAAGUAUCGACUUCACGUUGAGGAAGUUGGCAAGAUUACUAGCCUUCUUCUUAGUCUUAGUGGAAGAUUGGCUCGUGCUGAGAACGCCCUUUAUGGUAUGCCGGCCGAUCACGCGGAGAGAAAAAUACUAGAGGGCAAGAGAGAUAAGCUGAUAGAUCAGCUGGAAGAAGCCAAGGUUCUGAAGACGAAUAUCGAUAAGCGCAGCAUCAACGUUUCAGCGAUCCUUUCAAAAUAUUUAAACGACGAGGAAUUUGCCGAUUAUCAACAUUUUAUCAACAUGAAAGCUAAGCUGAUAAUGGAUACCCGUGAGAUUCAAGACAAAGUGAAGCUCGGUGAGGAACAGUUGACUGCAUUGAAGGAAGCUAUCGAUUAAAUCGAUUAAUAACGACGAUGAACUUUAAUGGAGACGUGUACGAAAUUAAAAUAAUAUUUUAAGUAAGAUAUUCGUAAAGUAUAACGAUCGUAUUUAAAAGUCGCGAUACGAUAGUACUCGAAUAUUUCUUGAGAAUAUUAAUGAACGAGACUCCUCAUUCAUCGUCUGUGCGAUGCCGAAUCGAAGUCUGAACCUAUGAACUUAUAAGGAAAACAACGUGAACGAGCAAAGAUCAAUCAUAUUAUUAAUUAUUGACCAUAUCAAUUGCAAUGCAUAGAUAUAUAAAGGCUAUAUAUGUAUAUAUACAUAUAUAUCUAAAAAAAAAGAAGAAGAAAGAAAAAAAAAAAUAAUAAUUUUUUUUUAAAUUUUCGAAAUUUCUUUCUCACGUAAAAAAGAUAGAGAAACUUUUAUAUAAGAAAUUUUUAUAAAACAAUGGAGUCAUACAAUUAUAUAAAGUCAUACAUUGCAUAAAAAAUUUAAUGACGAGUAUAAUUUUUGCCCAUUUAAUUUUGUCAACUUUCUUUGAUAAAAUAACAAGAAUAAAACAUUGUAACGAUCGUUUCACAUUUUCCUUAUUAAUUUAGGUUCGGACUAAAUCUCUAUGAUCUUCGAGAGCCAAGUGCCUAUGCUCAAGUGCCGCCUAGUCCUUUUUAAGAUUACACGUCGAUCUUCUCCCCGUGUUCCCUGGUGAUCCGCUCUAGGAAUAAUAUUUCUCUUAACUUUAUUAAACGAUAAGUUUAUUAGAGGGUAACAUGAGGAUAAACAAAAGGAAAGAAAAAAAAAAGAGAAAAAGAAAAAAGAUACACGGGAAGCUUCUUCUUUAGAUCUCGCCUCGAGGAGAAAGCGACAUCGUAAUCGCACGAAAGUGAUACGAGAAAAAAGAAAGAAAAAAAAAGAAGUGAAAAACUUGAUAUGUAAAUAUAUAUAGAGAGCGAACGAAGCGAAGAUAUAAAUGUAAACCUUUAAUUGAUCCCUUCCUCUUUCGAUAAUAUGUAUGAGGUAAGCGAAUGAUCGUUCGUUAUUUUUGUCAUUUCUAUAUAUAUGUAUAUGUGUAUAUAUACAUAUAUACAUAUAUAGAAAGGAAAAAAAAGAAGAGAAAGAAAGUAACCAUAUGGAAAGAUUGAAGAUAUCGCUUCGCUUGUACGGGUACGCACGCAUACCUGAACAUAAUUAUGGUAUUAAUCGAUUAUUCGUAAAUCUGUGAAAAAUUCUGUCGUGUUAUCAAAUAAUUGAGAAUUAUAGAAACAAUCAAAAUCCUAAUAUGUACCAUGUAAAAAUUUGAUUAUUAUUUUUGAUAAAGAAGAAAUAUAUGUCGUCGACGACAUACGAUCGAACGAAACACGCAGUGUUUGACUUCGGUGCAAUAUUGUUUUUAACUCCUCGGAAGGUCUGAUAGCGCGAAAUGGAGAGCGAUAUAAACGAGAUCUUGACUAAACUGAAUUAAAAUCAGAAAGAAAUAAUGUAAGUAGAUAUCGUUGACGCGCUCGAAACUUUUACACGCUGCUCGGUGUAAGCAUUUACAUUUCGCGUAUGUUUCACGAAGAAGCAAGACGUUUGAAAGGAAAAAACCGAGAAAAGGAAAAAAAAAUAAAAUAAAAGAAACAAAAAAAGGAAGAAAGAAAAUGAAUAUGCUAUACCCGUGCUGCCUUCUUAUAUACGAUAUGUGAUAUAAGAGUAUAAGGAGAGCGUACGCUUCGCGUCACGUCGCUAAACGUUUUUUCUCGUUUCGACGUUGUAUCUUUAAAGAUAAAGCGACGUUGUACAUGUACAUAUAUAUAUUAUAUAGAUUUUUAGUAUAUAAGCGCAUACACAGGACAUACUACCGUAUUAUCAAAAUUACAUACACGAGUUCGCGUUCAUAAAUACAAAAAUAUACACCUACGCAUAUACACGAUACAAAUAUGUAUACACGCCUGCGUAUACAUACACAUACACACGUACACGUACACGUACACGCAUACAAAAUGCCUAUACAAAAAGUACUAUUUUUUAUGUUUCGUUCUAACCACGGGGUUCCACGUGGAUCCCUAUGACGCUUGUGAUUUUACUUAUUCUAUAGUACCGGACCAAGGACUCUCGAAAAGAAAUGCGUCGUUAACGGACGAAUAGAUUUCGAGCCUCCAUGGUACAACGGUUAUCGAGAAAAAUUUUAUGCCUCGUUCGUUGCUAGAUCGCAGACAUAAUAGACAUUUCUGUUUGCUUUGAUUUUAAAUAUGGACCCAUUCAUCUUCCCCGUUAUCGAUCUCGUUUGGUGGUCAUCCUCAAAUUAAUCCGAGAACGGAGAAGAGACUAUACGGAAAAAUAAAUUUGUCGAAAGGAAAUCGAGGACAUCCUCCGGUUUUUUGAGCUUCGUUAAUGAAACAUUUACCGAAGAUUCAAAGAUCCCGAGAUGGAGUCCUAUCUCGUAAUCAUAAAUAUUCUCUUUAUAAACUCCGAUUUAUAAAAGUUUUUACAAGCAAUGCAGGAAUGCGAUUUUCUUUUUUUGUUUGAUUGUUUGUUUUAUUUUUCUUUUUUUUAAUUUUAUUUCUAUCUUUUUUUUAUUUUCUUCUUUCAAAACGUCGAAGACUGAGCACAGGGCAUAAAAUUUUCCGACAUAAUAGUCAGUUUCUGUUCCUUGUUUGUUUCUCGAUAUUUUUUUUGCAAUUUCAUGUUAUUAGAAUAUUCUGCAGUAUCUCGCCAUUAACCGAUUAAAAAAAAGAAAAAAAAAGAAGAGAGAGAAAGAGAGAGAGGGAGAGAGAGAGAGAGAGAGAGAGAGAGAGAGAGAGAGAAAGGAUAAUGAUAGUUCACAUCUUCGAUUUGAAGAAAUGUGAGGAAGAAGAAGAAUAAGAAGAAAACGAAGUAAGUUGCAUUAAGAUGAACAAUCUUCUUACCCCUAUAACGCCAUGGUACGGCGCAGCUAUAAGAAUUGUACAUAACAAAUUAUCCGAAACAUGGUGCUCUGGAAAUCUAUUUUUUACGAGAAGAAACGUUCCAUUAAUUCGUAGGUUUAUAUUGUUUCUAAGGUCAGUAAUAUUAAUUUUACAUUUUUACUGUGUACAUAUUAUUAAACAUUAUUCUUCUGCGUGAUGCGAAUAUCCAUAACCAGUUUAUACGUACACAAUACACUUGCGUCACUCAACUGUAAGCGACUACGUUAGGAUGUCGUUUAAUUCGACAAUAUUAUCGCAUACGAAUGUAUUAUGGAAUGAAUCAUUACGAUAAUUACCUAUCUCAAAUUCGCUUGAAAUAAAUAACAUGUUGAAAAUUA